AUGCCUGGUCGAAGGAGCCGUAGGGGGUCGUCUGGUACCGGUCACCAUCGCCAGAGGCGGAUCCGCACCCGUACCUCCAGAGCUGAGCUGCUUUUCUCCGUCAGCCACGUGGAGCGCCUCCUGCGCGAAGGCCACUACGCCCGGCAUCUGACCUCAUCCGCACCCGUGUUCCUUGCUGCCAUCAUACAAUAUCUGACCGCCACGGUCCUGCAGCUGGCCGGGAACGAGGCCCAGAGGAGCGGCUGCAGGCGCAUCACCCCAGAGCUGGUGGACAUGGCCAUCCACAACAACGCCCUGAUCAGUGUCUUCUUUGAGGGUGUCAUUGUUUCCCUAGUGGGCCCCGGGCUGGCAGUAGCUGCCCAACUGGACAUGGGUUCUCCGGGCCUCAACCCCAGGGCGCCAGGCCUCUUUGCAGCCCAAGCAGCCCAAGCCCGGCUGGUGCCUUGGGCAAAGCUAUUGAAAAUAAACUGUUUACUCUUGAAAGAAACCCAUGUGCCUGCUUCGGUCACUGUGUCUGCGUGGGGGUUGAGGGACAGAAGUCAUUGGAGGGAUCGGGGCAGGGUGGUGUCUGCCAGCGGGUGA